AUCCUUCAAAUGUACAUACGGGACCUAUCCAACCUUUUGUCUACGAGACCCCGUAUGCUCAAUGAGUAGUCUUAGUCUUUCAGACGACGUACGCGAUCGCGUCGAAGCGUUCAUAUCAUCUCGUCAGCAGAAGCGUCUGUGCAGCUCGUACCACGUCGCUCGCGAGACUGUCGACCUCGCUCGACGCAUCGUCUCGCAGAAGCGCUGGUCGAGCGCCUGCGAGCUCCUAGAAACGCUCAGCACGGUCGGACGUUGGGUUUCGAGCGCGAUCCCGAGCGAAACGGCCGCCGGCAACGUCAUGCGGCGAGUUCGGAAAAUUGUGAGAGACGAAGUGGCGGAGUGUAGCUCAGAUGGCAAACAACAGAACCCGGAUGAUCUCCACUGGAUGUUGACCGUCCAAGGGGCGGGUGGUGAUCUCACAGUCGCCUAUCCGACCCUCAGGGGAGCAAUCAUUGAGUCGAUCCACGAGUUAAUGGAGGAGAUUGAAAUCAGUGGACACAACAUUGCGAUGCAAGCACUCGAGCACAUUCACUCGAACGAGGUUGUGAUGACGUGUGGCCAUUCGAGGACAGUCGAGGCGUUUCUAAAGGAGGCCGCGAGAAAGAGAAAGUUUCACGUGAUUGUGGCUGAAUCGGCUCCAUCGUAUCAGGGCCAGAGAAUGGCAAAGAGCCUGGCCGAGGCCGGCGUUGAGACGACACUCAUUACUGACUCGGCCGUGUUUGCGAUGAUGUCUCGAGUCAAUAAGGUGAUCAUCGGGACACACACUGUGAUGGCCGACGGUGGACUUAAGGCAUUGAAUGGUGCGCACGGUUUGGCGUUAGCCGCUCAUCACCAUUCUGUUCCUGUCAUUGUGUGUGCGGCAUUGUUUAAGCUGUCGCCGCAAUUUCAUAGUGCAUACGAUGAAGACACGUUUAAUAAGGUGGUCAGUCCUCAUGACGUGCUACCGUUUGCCGAGGGUGGAGUACUCAGUGAUGUUGAGAUUCACAAUCCCGUGUUCGACUAUGUUCCACCCGACUUGGUUACGUUAUUUAUUUUUAACACGGGAGGUAAUGCUCCCUCGUAUGUCUACCGGCUGCUUAGUGAGCUGUAUCAUCCUGAUGAUCAAGAACUUUAAAUGAUGACAUAAUAUAUUGUGUGAAUAGUGUGCUCAUCAGUGUACCGGUAUCUGAUCCGCAAUAAUUAUUUAUGUAAGUUAACACGCGUA